GGCAAUCCCAACUUCGAAUUUUCUAUACCUAACUUCACCUCUCUUUCCAUAACCAGAGACAGCAAUCCAAAAUGAUGCGGUACGCUACCGCUGCCUUGCUCCUCCUUGCACUUUCGAUCAUCGCCGUUGCUGAGGCUCGUGAUAACUUCCUAAAGUUACCGUCGGAAAUUGCCGAUUUUUUCCAUCCCAAGGAGAGGAGCGACGCCGGUGGCGACUCAGUGGGGACCAGAUGGGCUGUUCUGAUUGCCGGAUCCAACGGUUACUGGAAUUACCGCACCAGUUCGUUUUUUGGGCCAACAGACAAUAUUGGGGCUGCAUACCUGUUUUCUACAACGUUAAGAAUCUCUAAUUGCUUAUGCGCGCUACAUAUUUUUUGUUCUGGAUCUGUGAAGAACUUUGGUACUAUAGUUGUUAUGGUUGACAAUUUGUUGAAAAAGGAAGAUUUCUAUCUGUUCAUGAAGUGCAAUGUUGGUGUUCAUAAGUACAACUCUUGCUUAAUAAUUCCUGCUGCUGAUGUUUGUCAUGCCUAUCAAAUCCUGAAGAGGGGAGGUCUUAAGGAUGAAAAUAUUGUUGUCUUCAUGUACGAUGAUAUUGCUUACAAUGAAGAGAACCCUAGGCCUGGAGUUAUCAUUAACAGCCCUCAUGGUGAUGAUGUCUAUCAAGGAGUCCCAAAGGACUAUACUGGAGAUGAUGUUCAUGCCAAAAACUUUUUAGCUGCUAUCCUGGGGGACAAAACUGCAAUUACUGGGGGUAGUGGCAAGGUUGUGGACAGUGGUCCAAAUGAUCAUAUAUUUAUCUACUAUACAGAUCAUGGUGGUCCUGGGGUUCUUGGGACGCCGUCGGGUCCUUAUCUCUAUGCAGACGAUCUGAAUGAAGUCUUGAAAAAGAAGCAUGCUUCUGGCACAUAUAAAAGUCUGGUUUUCUACCUAGAAGCUUGCGAGUCAGGAAGUAUAUUUGAGGGACUUCUUCCUGAAGAUCUAAAUAUAUAUGCUACCACAGCAUCAAAUGCUGAGGAAAGUAGCUGGGGGACCUAUUGCCCUGGAGAGUAUCCUAGCCCUCCCCCAGAAUAUGAGACCUGCUUGGGUGACUUGUAUAGCGUUGCUUGGAUGGAAGACAGCGAGAUACACAAUUUGCACACUGAAACUCUGAAGCAGCAAUAUCACCUGGUUAAAAAGAGAACCUCAAGCAGUAAUUCAGCUUAUGGCUCCCAUGUUAUGCAAUAUGGUGACCUAAAGCUGAGUUUGGAGGAUCUUUUCCUCUACAUGGGUACCAACCCUGCAAAUGAUAAUUACACUUUUGUGGAUGAAAAUUCCCUACGGCCAUCUUCAAAAGGUAAUCAACGUGACGCUGAUCUGUUGCAUUUCUGGGACAAGUUCCGCAAGGCUCCUGAAGGCUCUGCGAGGAAAGUUGAAGCUCAGAAGCAGGUUGUUGAAGCUAUGUCACACAGAAUGCAUAUUGACAAUAGCGUGAAACUAAUUGGAAAGCUUUUGUUUGGAAUUGAGAAAGGUUCUGAGAUACUGAACUCUGUCCGGCCAGCCGGCCAUCCUCUUGCUGAUGACUGGGACUGCCUAAAAUCUUUGGUCAGAACAUUUGAGACACAUUGUGGUUCACUAUCCCAAUAUGGAAUGAAACACAUGCGAUAUGCGAAUAUCUGUAACGCUGGGAUUAAAAAAGAUCAGAUGGCUGGCGCAGCCCAAGCCUGUGUCAGCCUUCCAUCCAAUUCAUGGAGCUCCCUCCACCGGGGAUUCAGUGCAUGAUGAUUGUUUCAGAAAUUGAUAACAAAAUUACCUAGAAUGUGACAGCAUAUUUUUGCUUGCACAUAUGAUCAAUUAUGAUUGUAAAAUAGCCUACUUGCUUUUCAUUGGAUUUGCUUCCUUGUAAAUAAUCCUCAGAGAAGCAUAUCAUAUCUCUACCGAAAAGCCUAGGUGCUCUAUAUUUAGAUAAUGACAAUUGUCAUAUGGCUGUAUUUUUCUAGUCUUGCUGCAUCAUUGCGUUUGUGUGUGUGUGUUAGUUUAUACUGCAGCAAAAUGCUUAUGUGACAGCAUGAGAGGGGAAUAUGGGUAACCAAUGUGCUCUGUCUCAUGGAAUUGGAAGCAUAGCAUAUAUAUAUAUAUGAUUAUGUUUGUAAUCAUCUGUAUAA